AUGCCCGACGCAGCAUACGUGCCAUACCAAGCUUACAAGCCCAAGAGACACUCAAAAACAUUCUCGAAUCCAAUUCUGACACCAAAUGUAUCACCGCCCCCGUUGUCAACAGCAGCUUCCCCUGCUCGUUUCGACGACGACAAACGUUUCGACACAAUGAUACUUGCUGACAGUCAACCUCCUUCGGGGAAUCAAUUACGUGCCGUCGUAACUCCACCAUUAUCCAAUGAACUCUCCUCACCUCCAUCCCCAAUCAGUCUGGCCAACUCAGAACACUCGUCAAGCCCUCAAUUUACAGGCACCGAUAGUCUACGUCUUUCUCAGGGGAACGACGUCAAGGGCAAGGGGGUAACGUCGAGACCCCCUUCUCUCUUAAUGGCCCCGCCUUCCCCAUCAGCAGACUCACUCAUUGAAGUGCCAUCUUAUGCUUCAGUACCUCCAAUGAAGAAACCCUCCAAGUUUCGUCGCGUUCCCCCUCGCAAUGUACGUUCUCCGCAGUCUUCUCCCCUCGGUCCUACACAAGGUCACUCUCGCCACGCGUCAUCUUCUUCAACACCCACGCAACGACCUAAUGGCGCCGACUUAAGCCCUAAAUUUCACCAUGCGCAUGAGCUGAUUCCUCCAGUGAACGAUGCGGCAUCUCUACCAUCAUUUCCCGCAUCUCGACACUCAAUGCCUCCCGUGUUGCCUGCCGAAUCCUUGCGCACCAACGUGACGACAUUCCCUUCCCACUUGCCAGACGCUCCUCCACAUGACCUUACACCUUUAAUACUGAAUUCUCGCUCCGUUUCAGACUCUUCAGAUGCUGCGGCGAAGACGCUGCAACCCACAUCUAGUUCGACUAUGCCCCGCCAUCACCCUACUGCACCUUAUCGACCUGGAUUUCAACCCAAGGGUGUUUACAGACCACUCACAGACGACUUCAUUUCCCUUCGCAUUUUAAAGCAUGGCGGCGAAGGGGAUGCGAAAGGAAGAAAGAAAGUAGAAAGAACAAAGCUCGAGAGGCGGCUUGAGAAACUCAUCGUUCUUCAUUUCUCUUCCCCUUCAGAUGAAGACAAGUCGAAAGACCCCAUCUCCGCAAGAAAACGACCACCGCCUGGAAAUAGAAGAGCUUCUUCCUUUUUCGAUUUUGAUAGCCUGAAAAAUAUUAGCAUAAACAAUUCAAGUGGGUUGUGGAGAGGUGUUGUUAGUGGCGGGCUCAAUGACGGCGGAAAGCAGGACAUUCGAGCUGCGGAACAACGCAUCACGCCUUGGCAGGAUGAUGCUGCUGUUAGCAAGUGUCCUAUGUGCGAACUGACGCCAUUUCGGGUUUUCAGGGCUUCUUUCCAUCCACUAACUAACCGUAAACAUCACUGUCGACUUUGCGGUCAAAUCAUCUGCUCUCUGCCAAUCAAGCAGCCGCAACGGCCCCAAGUGUGCUCCGUUCUCUUCGUCGUGGAUACACGCACGAGACAGAUAGAGGAAGUCGUAGAAGGAGUCGACUAUGGGGUGAAAAGACGAAGGAGUAGAACACCUGGUCAAGAGCAAGAAGAUGAGGAAAAGUUUUUGAAAGGGGUGAGAGUUUGUCGAGAAUGUCGACCAAUAAUCCUGAGACAACAAUAUGUGCGACAGCAUCAGCAAAAAUCAGCCUUUGUUAAACUCUACGAAGAUUUCAUCAAUCUGGAGAAAGAUAUUGAAGAAUCCCUUCCUCAAUUUCAAGAACUCUUACUUAGUCUAAGCCAUGAUGGCCAACCAACAAAGGAAGCAUUAGCGGCUCGAAAACGGCUCCUGGAAGCAUUCGCGCAGUACGACAAGUUAGCAAAGCAGAUACGAGGUCUACCGUGCCUCAACGGCUCAGGAAGCUCUCAGGACCGUGUGCAGUUGGCGAUCAUGACCCGCGCCAACUUAUUUCUACAAAAGAAUAUGUUUCCGCUUCAGUCUCUUUCAACUGCAUCAGGGAGCGCCAACAAGACUGUCACCGAUCCGAAACAGGUCGAGAACAGAAAUGGGUCAAUCAAACCCGAUAUUGACCCCGAUUCCAAACAAGCCCAUGCACUACAACCCUUGCUGGAACAGGAGGCGCUGCUGGAAGCAUUUGUGGAAGAGGCCAAAAGCCAGCGCAAGUUUGAAGACGUUAAAACUUUGAAAACGAACCUGAACGAAAUCCGUCACGAAAUCGAGAGACUUUUAGCUAGGGGUACUUGA